ACAACGCGUCACGGCCCAGCCCUAUAAGCGGGCGUAGUGUGUGCGGCGUGCUGGUGUGGGCGGAGCGGUCUUUGUACCCACCUCCUGUGGGCAGAGUCAUCUGCGGGUGGGCUGCGGCGGCGGGGCGGGCAUGGUCCAGCUGAGGUUUUGCGUCCUAGGCAGCAUAGCCGGAUCGGUGCUCCGUGCAUCGGCUACUUGGACGUGCGUGGCAGGCAGAGCAGGCCGGAAAGGAGCAGGUUGGGAGUGUGGUGGGGCCCGCAGCUUCAGCAGUGCCGCGGUGACUAUGGCCCCGAUCAAGGUGGGAGACACCAUUCCCUCAGUGGAGGUAUUUGAAGGGGAACCUGGAAAGAAGGUGAACUUGGCAGAGCUGUUCAAGGACAAGAAAGGUGUUUUGUUUGGAGUCCCUGGGGCAUUUACACCUGGCUGUUCCAAGACCCAUCUGCCUGGGUUUGUGGAGCAAGCCGGAGCUCUGAAGGCCAAGGGAGCACAAGUGGUGGCCUGUCUGAGUGUUAAUGAUGUCUUCGUGACUGCAGAGUGGGGUCGAGCCCACCAGGCAGAAGGCAAGGUGAGGUGUGGGGCCUGUGAGGGGUCGGGGCCAGGUAGAAGGUUUCCUUGUUUUUUAUUACACUUUAUUUACUCAUUUUGUAUGUGGGGUGGGCACUUGUACCAUUAUGCACAAGUGGAAGUCGGAGGAGAGCCUGUGAGACUUGAUUCUCUCUUACCAUGUAGGGUCAUGGGGAUUGAACUCAGGUUUCCACACUUGCCAGCAGGCACCUUCACUUAUAGAGCCCUCUCACUGGGGAUUUCCCUGUGACAUUUAUUCUCUUUCCUUCAGGUUCAGCUCCUGGCUGACCCCACUGGAGCUUUUGGAAAGGUAAGCGUACCACCCUUCCUUCAGCCUGCAGUUGGUCCUGCAGGGACAUGUUAUGUGGGAGCAGCCCCUGGCCUGUUUGGGGGUUCCUGACACCCAUUUCUGCCGGUCCCCUAGGAGACAGAUUUACUACUAGAUGAUUCUUUGGUGUCUCUCUUUGGGAAUCGUCGGCUAAAAAGGUAAAGUGGAAGUCCCCCCUCCCCCCACUGGUGUUGGCACUAGGGGCCCUGGCUGCUGCCUGGGCUUCUGCAGUUGUACCUCUUUCCGGCAGGUUCUCCAUGGUGAUAGACAAGGGCGUAGUAAAGGCACUGAACGUGGAGCCGGAUGGCACAGGCCUCACCUGCAGCCUGGCCCCCAACAUCCUCUCACAACUCUGAGGCCCUGACCAGAAUGUCCUCUGACUCUCCCAUCUCCUCCACCCAGCUCUGGGCCAAAGGCCCAGUACCUCCUUACCUGAGGGCCACUGGAAUGGAACCUUGACAAUAUUUCUGCAAUAAACAGUUUAAUUUGUG